AUGUCCGAAACUCGAAAUAUUGUAGUGGUAGGAGCCUCAUUUGGUGGCCUUGGAGUCGCCCACUACAUCUGCAAGCAUAUUUUACCGAAGCUUCGCCAAUCCCAGGAUGCGAAAUAUGUGCUACAUCUCAUCGAUCCAUCAACACAUUUCUGGUGGCACAUUGCAGCGCCUCGACAGAUUGUCUCAGUCAAAGAGUUGACGAUUGAGAAGAGCUUCGUGCCUAUCAAGGACUGCUUCAAACAAUAUCCAACCCUUCAGGACUCGAUCGUCUUCACACAAGCAUCUGCAACUGCUCUCAACACACAGGACCGCAAAUUGACCAUCACCAAAGCCGAUGGCAGCUCGGAGACUCUGGACUACUAUGCACUCGUGAUAGCAACUGGGGUGAAGACACCGACACCACUUACAGGCUUCCAUGGCAACUACACUGUUUCCGAGCAAGCCCUGAAGGACAUGAACGCCAAGCUCGCCUCCGCGAAGGAAAUUGUGAUUUCUGGAGGCGGCCCGGUCGGCGUAGAAACAGCUGGUGAGAUUGCCACGCAGUAUGGCAGCAAGGCCAAGAUCACCCUCAUUGCCGGCGGUGACAAACUCCUUCCCGUCUUGAACAAGUCCCGCGCUGAAAAGGCGCAGAGGCUGCUGGAGAAGAUUGGAGUCAAGGUCGUCUACGGCGUGAAGGCUACUGGAAAGAAUGACACUGCUGAUGGCAAGACUGAGGUCCUUCUGGACAAUGGCAAAUCCAUGACAGCGGAUGUCUACAUUCCCGCUUACGGAGUGACGCCGAAUACUGACUGGCUGCCCGAGGAACUGAGAGGCCCCAAGGGCUAUGUGGCCACGAAUGCUGCCACGCUGAGAGUCGACAAAGCUGGAGCGCGAGUCUAUGCGGCGGGUGAUGUGGCUGGAGUUGAUAAAGGAGGCGUGAUGGCAAUGAAUGCUACCAUUCCGAUCCUUGGCUCUAACAUGGCCCAUGAUCUGCUCGAAGAUGCCAAGGCCGGAACUUCGCCAGAGAAGAAAUAUGCCUUCAAAGAGGCGGAGACUCAGGUUGUGCCGGUGGGACCAAAGACUGGCGUUGCAGCCUUCAAUGGUUGGGGCAUGCCAGCUUUCGCUGUCCGCCUCAUUAAAGGAAAGGACUACAUGUUAGGUUUC